AUGUUCUCCUUCACUUCCCCUGCACCGGGCACCUUUCAGAGCUCCUGGCAUCUUCAAACCUACCCACAGCUUUUUGAGCCCAUUGCAGAAUUAGCGAUGAACGGUUCAGCGACAAUCUCAGAUGUGCACUGGGAGCGGAGACAGGCUCUGCAAGCGCACAUGGUCAAGGAGCAG